AUGUUCUUCACCAACAUCGACGCGGUCAAGGCAAGCGACAACGCAGGAGUGCGGUUCCGUCCCCCGCGGCCAGACCGCAGCAUUCCUACCACGGAUGAAGAAAAACAGGAGAUUGUGAGGGCCCUUAUCGAGGCUAUAUAUGACACUUCAGAUACAGCUGAGGUGGGCACCACGGAAGCUUUCCAGCAUCGUUGGGUGAAGAGACACCACUAUCAUCCUUCUGGUGUAGAGAAGGUGGCCUGGAAGCUGUUGGAUAAGACGAUCAAGCUCCAUCGGUUUGGAUGGAUGGCUCCGGUGUACGACGAAACGGUCAUGGUUGACGUUAUGAAGACGUCGUUGCUAAAGGGCGACAAAUACUGGACGGUCAUAGGCAUGCCGGCCCUGCUGCUCUCGCGCUCCAAAAUGAACAAGGAGUCCAAUAAGAAAAAGAAAGCCAGACUCGAGUACGCCCGAGGCAAAGAGAAA